GUUCCAUUUUGCCCAUUGUCCAUCGGCUGCUCGACCUCUCCUCAGUACUCACUCACGACAUCGACGCCGUUUCAAAGCAAGGAAUGACUUCUAGAGAGAGAGAGAUAUAGGGAGGGAGAGAGGAUGCCGAAGCGGACGACGCACACGUACUCGAGCGAAGACGCGGCGCCCGACGGCCCCGAAUCCGACCUCUUCGUCUACUACUGCAAGCACUGCGGCUCCCACGUCCUCAUCACCGAUACCCAAUUGCAGAAGAUGCCAAAGAGGAAGACUGACAGAGCACAUGUGCUGGACAAGAAAAAAUAUCUUGCAAGAUUGAAUGUUAAAGAGGCAGGAAAAGUUCUAUUAAAACGCGGUGAGGGAAAACUGGAAAAACAGUUCCGCAUGACUUGCACAGGUUGUGAACUUUUUGUUUGUUAUCGUUCAGAAGAGGAUUUAGAAGGUGCUCCUUUCAUUUAUGUUGUUGAUGGUGCACUAAGCUCGGUUGCAGCAGAAACAAACCCACAGGAUGCUCCUGUGCCCCCUUGCAUAUCACAAGUAGGUGGCCUUGUCCAAGUGGCAAUUGAAGUCGAAGACCGUGCACAACGUUCAGCAAUUACAAGAGUGAAUGCUGAUGAUGUUCGAGUGAGUGUAGCUGCUCCAGCUGCUCGAGGAGAAGCUAACAACGAAUUGUUAGAAUUUAUGGGCAAGGUACUGGGCUUAAGACUGAGUCAAAUGACCCUUCAGAGAGGAUGGAACAAUAAAUCAAAACUUCUAGUUGUUGAGGAUUUGUCUUGUAGACAGGUGUAUGAGAAGCUUUUGGAAGCUGUGCAGCCUUGAUGCGGUUCAUGUUUUUCUAGCAGAGUCCAUUUUGUUUCAGCAGAUCUGGUCUGUGACUCGAGUGUGAUUGGUAGACUAUUGCUUUGAAAUUAUAACUUGAUUGAUUAUAUGUAGAUGGCUAUAUAUUAUUUGAAUUUGUUUGUCCCGUAGCCUGAGUAUUAAAGAUGGUAGCUGGAGCAUGGUCUAAAUAGACCAUGGAGCUCUUCUGGAAGGACCUGGAGCUGCAUUUGCUAGUAUUACCGUUACCAAGCAUAUUGUGCCGCCGAUUCAUCUUAAAUCAAUUAAGUCUGAGAUGGGCUGCUGACAGUGCUUAAUCCCACAGCCAGACACUGACGUGCAUGGUAAUGUUGUAAUCAUAGACCAUUUGUGAACAUAUCUUGGGGGUAGGGCUACUUGGUUUCUUAUAUUUCAGUCAAAAAUGUGAUUGCUUCUCUCUUUCACAUAUCAAAAUUUGUAACCUAGACUCUCACUUUGGCUUGUAUUUAAUGUGAAAAAUGAAAACUUUACUCCUUAGCUUU